AUCGAUCUUCAUUCCCUCUCCGAUGAAGAAAGGCGAAGUAUCAUUCUGCUUAAUUCAAAAUAAGUGUGAGAGUAGAAGAAGAUUGAUUUUCUACAUUGUUUAAUCGAUGGGUUAGAAAAUAUUCUUAUUCCUUCUUUAGAAAAGAAGUUUAAUGUAAACAGAUUAUGUCAGGACCCGAAAAAACUCGAAGCAGCAGCAGGCUGGUCGAUUCCUACUCAUCGCUCAUGGAUUUCAUUAACAUCAAGAUCAAUAGACAAAUUUCCUUCAAGAUAGAAAUCGAAGAGUCCAAUGUGGACACUAAACAAAAAUACGAAACCGAAAUCAUGCCCCUACUAAAAGAAGAAGUAAUUGAAGUACGCGAUGAAGUGGGAAAAGACGAGGACACAGAAUCUCCUUGCAGCAUAUUCUCACAAGUAUCUUUGCCAUUUAUAAUCGCUGGAUUCGGAACAGUUUCUGCAGGUUUAGUUUUGGAUCUUGUUCGGAAUUGGGAUGUUUUCGUGGACGUUAGCGAAUUAUUUAUUGUUGUGCCGGCGCUUUUGGGUUUAAAAGGAAAUUUGGAAAUGACUCUGGCAUCAAGAUUGUCUACUCAAGCUAAUUUAGGUAAUUUAGAUUCCAUAAGAAACGUUUUAAUAAUGGGUUGGGGUAAUAUGGCUUUGAAACUGGCUCAAGCUACUGUUAUGGGUUUAAUUACGGCCGCAUUCGCUGUAAUUAUGAAUCUAGUUAAUACCGGAAAUUUCAAUUAUCGCCACGCUUUGUUAAUAGGUUGCAGUAGCGUCUCGACAGCGGCCAUCACUACUGUUGGAUUAGGUACAAUAACUACAACAGUGGUUUAUAUAUCUCAUCGCUGCAAAAUAAAUCCCGACAACAUCGCAACGCCUGUUGCUGCUUCUCUGGGAGAUAUCACUACUUUAGGAAUUUUGGCACUUAUUGCCAGAAAAUUCCAUUCGAAUUUAGAAAACGUAAUCACUCCUGCUGUUAUCUUAGGAAUUCUUAUUUUUUUGGUUCCUUUUUGGAUAAUUUUUGCUAGAAGAAAUAUCUAUACAAGUCAACUGAUUUUAACCGGAUGGUUCCCUGUCCUUGCUGCUGUUGCUAUCACAAGUGCGGGAGGUUACAUUUUAGAAAUCGCUAUCAAAGAUUACGAAGGAAUGGCAGUUUUUCAACCCGUUAUAAACGGAGUUGGUGGAAAUUUAGUUGCAGUUCAAGCCAGUCGCAUCGCUACUUAUUUUCAUAAAAGAUCUAAGUUGGGAAUAUUGCCUAGCAAUAGUAACGAUAUAUGCAUUCUUCCGUGUUCAGCUUUCUUUGGAAAACAUGAUCAUUCACGCACAGCUAAAAUUCUCAUGUUAAUGGUGAUUCCCGGACAUUUGAUAUUUUCUUACAGUAUUCAUUUAAUUAAACGUGGCCAAACCAGCCUCACACCCGUUUUUCUACCUAUUUAUUUGGUAGCCACUCUUUUACAGGUGGCGAUUUUAUUGUACAUUGCUCACAUAAUGAUCCACGUGAUGUGGAGGUGGAAGAUCGAUCCGGAUAAUUCGGCAAUUCCGCUUUUAACCGCAUUAGGGGAUCUUCUUGGAACAGGUCUUUUAGCCACUGCAUUUUAUUUUUAUACCCAAAUUCAUAACGAUGUUAUGACGACGAUGGCAAUAUCUACUGAUUUUCCUUCGAAUAUCACAGGAUCUGAUAUUUCUUAUUGAUGAAAAUAAAUACUCUUAAUAUAAU